GGUUUCCAGUUGCCGGGCUGCGGAGCUACUUGACCUCCGCCCGGCUUCUAGGGACUAGCGGCCGCCGCUGCCGCUGCCGACACUCCCCGGCUUCCCUCCCGGAUCCUCCGUCUCCGCCCAGCCCAAGGGUCUUCCCUCUCCUGCCAGCGCCGGGGAGCAGACGGAGCCGGCCGGGCCGCGCUGGAAGCGUGCGGGAGCGACUCGGGGCGGAGAGGAUUGUUGGCCCCCGCAGCUGCCACCACCGCAGCUGCCCAGAUGUUCGUCCGCUGAAGCCCGCCCUAGAGGCUCGGGAUCGCCGGGGGGCGGUGGUGGCAGCGGCGGCAGCGCCCGGGGGGGCUUCCCUCGGCUCCGGCUCCGGCGGCGCCUGCGGCGGCUCCCCGGCGCUCCCAGCGGGGAUCAUGCACUUGAGUGGGCCCAGGAAGGGAGGGGCAGCUAAGAGAGAAAAAAGGGAAGAAGAAGGACCAGAAAAGCGCGAGAAGCCGGGAGGAGGAGGAGAGCCCCUUCCCCUUCGCGGCCCGGCCCCGGGGCCCGAGCUGCCGGACGGCCCGCGGGCCUAUGCUGCAGAGCGGGCGCCCUCCGCCAACUCCUGGGGACCAUGAUUCGCCUGGGGUGGUCGCUCGGCCGGUCCAAGGGCGGGGGCACCUGCGGGAGCCCCAGGGCCCUGGUCCGGUCCUCGUCGUCCGGCCGCCCGGCGCGGGGCAGGCCCCUGCGGGUGCUCGUGGACAUGGACGGGGUGCUGGCCGACUUCGAGGGAGGCUUCCUGAAGAAGUUCAGGGCCAGGUAUCCGGACAAGCCUUACAUCGCGCUGGAGGACCGGCGAGGCUUCUGGGUGUCGGAGCAGUACGGCCAGCUGAGAGCCGAGCUGAGUGAGAAAGCCAUCAGCAUUUGGGAGUCAAAGAAUUUCUUUAUUGAACUUGAACCACUACCAGGGGCUGUGGAAGCUGUGAAAGAGAUGGCCCGCUUAGAAAACACAGAUGUGUUCAUCUGCACAAGCCCUAUCAAGAAAUAUGAGUACUGUCCUAAUGAGAAGUAUGCCUGGGUAGAGAAGCAUUUUGGCCAGGAGUUUCUGGAGCAAAUUGUACUCACACGGGAUAAGACUGUGGUCUCUGGAGACCUCCUUAUAGAUGACCGACCAGAUAUAACAGGGGCUGAGCCAAACCCUAGCUGGGAGCACAUCCUCUUCACCGCCUGCCACAACAGACACCUCCAGCUGCAGCCACCCAACAGGAGGCUCCAUUCAUGGAAUGAUGACUGGAAAGCGAUCCUAGACAGCAAGCGUCAUUCACAACACUGGAUCCUCCCUCCUUAAAGGGAUAGGCCUCUGCUUCUCUGGGAUGUGGAAGAUGUCCCAGGCCUGGUGUCCUGUGCUGGGGUGGGGUGGGGAAAAGAAGGGAGGGUGGGUGAGUGGGUGGGUGAGUUACUUCCUUUGCAACCUUACUAAGAAGAAUUGGAGCUUGGAGCUUCCUCAUAGGAGAGGAAGUGGCUCUGAAUUACCUACCCCAGGCUUUGGAAGGAAAGGAGACUGAACUCAGAUUGUGGAGAAGAAAGCACUUUGUGUAAAGCACUGUAUCCACAUACACUUUUACCCAUGUCAAGAAGGAAGGAGCCAGCCAUUCCACUACUCCUUGGCUUGCCAGUUCUGGAUUUAUUGUUUGUCUCCUGUUUUCAGAGACUCCUGGCAGAAUUUUCCCACUAGUGCUAAACGUCUUAUGUGUAGUAUUAGUGCCACCUUCUGGACGUAACGGAGAACUCUGUUCCCCCAACAGCCUGACAUCCAGCGAAAAAGCUGAAGUGAACACAUUUCUUAAACUACUAUCUAUCCAAAUGGUUGUUAGCUCCUUAAAGCUACCGUGGGAGUCUGUGUACUCAUUUCAGUGAGGUUUUUGUUGCCCAGAACAUUUCAGAGAGUCCUUUUCUGAGGGGAACUGCCCUCACAGCUGUAGUCACACUUUUUUUCCCCCCUCAAUCCCACAAUGAGUGAUACUCCUCCCCACCUCCUCUCUGGGCUGUGGAACCAGCCAAAAGGCAUUCAGAAGUCAAAUGCAUUCUCGAUAGGCAAAGAUUUGUCACCCCAAGAGGAUAUUUCAGAGAAUCUGCUGCAGGUUCCGAAGGCAAGAAGAGUCCCCGAGCCAUCCUGCACACUGGCUGCAUUGUUGGAGUAAGUGUGGCUUCCUUAGAGAUGUCCCUUAUUUGGGGCUGUAAGUACUGAUAUGUUUAUUAAAUCACUAACAUGACUUUUUAGUCA